GUCCAUUCCAAUAGAACUUGCAAACUAUGUCAACAAACCGCCAUAUUGAAAUUGUCUCUGAAUGAUGAAUUUGCUAGUGAUGGGCAAGAGUCUUACUUAGUCCUUUACUUAAGGCCGUAACACACUAUCGCACUGCAUCACGAACUUGGUGCGUCGCAUCCAUAAGUGAGAGCGAGAAACAGAUAUCUCUUAAAUUCAAUAACAAAGAAGUAAGAUACGCGUACAUGCCAAGAAAAACAGUGAACGAGUAAAAUAAUAUUGAAACCGUCAAUCAUUCAACAGUCAUUAUUUUGUCAAAUGUAGGGUAGAUUUUUAUUUAUGAACAGUCCAAAACUACCAGUUAUAAUUUUCCGUAGUUUAAUAAUAAUGUUUAAAAAUGAUGCGAAAGAAUGGAAAAGGUUAUUUAAAAAAAAGGAAUUAAAACGAUUAAUCUGAGUUUACAUAUUUAUUGAAAUUUAAAAUUGUCAAACUACCGCGUAGUGUAUAUAACCGCGUUGGCAGGUACAGACCGUGAGUCGCGUAGUGUGUAGCGGCUUUACGAGUAUAUCACCAACUUUAGUCACAACACUACCCAUCAUAGACAAUUGUAGAAUGUAAAAGAAACAAAAAUGUCAUUACAUCAGGGCCUAAUAACCUAACUUAUGAAACCAUUUUAAACUUUUAAUGAAAUAGCCAAGAUACAGUUAUAUAUUGUUGUAUUUUACGGUAACGACCGCUUUAAUAGUGUAUAGUGUAUGUGUUUCAAUGGUGUUUGAUGAGAUGAUGUGAAAAUUCAAGGAAAAACAGUGACAAAACAAAGUUACGUCCUUUGUUUACAAAGUUAGCAAGUUCUAUUGGAAUGGACUUUACAUAAGAUUAUUUACCGAUGAGUUAUAUUUUUACACAGAUAUUGCAAAAAUAUUCAGAGAAUUAGAAAAUCAGUAUAAUGUUCCAGAAGAGGGCAGAUUUCUAAUGCCCAAAUGUUAUGGUGGCGAACCCAAACCUAAAGAAGAGACAAUCAUAUUAGAGGACUUGAGUAACAGCGGAUUUGCAAGUGUCGACCAACGAUUGCCCUUCGACUGGGAAUUUGCUUCGAAAGCAGUAGAGCAGUUGGCAAAAUUCCAUGCUUUUUCCUUUGCUUAUGGGGUGCUAAGUCCUGGUGGUUUAACUCAAAUGCUAGACAGCAAGCCGUAUCACGUGUUUGAUUCCCAAGUUAUGAGGAGGUUGGGGUAUGAGCAGACGGUGCCGGUGGCUAUAGAUGUUCUAGGAGAAGGCGAUCUAAAGCGAUUAACGCAGCAGUAUUUAGAGAGCAAAGACCGUUUCUCUGAGCUAUCGUGCUUGUACCGAAGCGCCACGCCACGCGUGCUGGCGCACGGAGACUACAAGAUCAACAACCUCAUGACCCGCUACCAUGAGGGGCGCCUGGAGAUGGCUACGGUGGACUUCCAAAAUAUCCACUCGAGCAGCCCUGCCACUGAUCUAGUGUAUUUGAUCAUGUUGGGUUCUGACGAGAAUUUCCGAGCGCAUAACCUGCGUAGGCUUCUUGACCACUAUUAUGCAGAGUUAGAGCGCGCACUUCGUUGCUUGCAUAUGCGCAUCGAAAACAUUUACCCCAAGGAUAUGUUCGAGGAAGAUUGGAAACAGGCGCUCCCGAUCGGAUUAAUCGUUGCACUGAUGGUCCUGCCGAUAAUACUAGCAGAUCCAGCAGCCGUGGCAGCCGGGCAGGCAAAGGAAACCACUGAAAUGGUUCGCCGCAACGCGACUCUUCGGCAGCGUCUUACAGGAAUAGUAAGAGACUACGUGGCAUGGGGGAUCCUAAUUAAAUGAAAUAUAUCACAGGCUCAAUUUUUUUUAUAAUAAUCUUGAAUAGGACAGUUGGCGGUAGAUUAUGUGCGGAAAGAGAAGAGUCGUGGAAUGUAUGGGGCUAAUUGAUAAUCUGCCGUUACCAGAAUUAGUGUGGCGUAAAGCCAGUGGACUGUAGUUUUUUAAGUUAGUUCCUUCGCUACACUAUACUGCUUUACCAUUGUAGAAGGGCUUACCGGUAUUA